CUCCUCCUCUCCUCUUCUCUUCUACUGCUUUGCAUCCUCCACACCAUCCUUGCUUACUACUUUCUUAUCUUCAAGUCAUUCUACCUUUGCACGCAUUUGCUUUUUCUUUUCUUUUCUCCCUUUUUUAUUUUUUUCUUCAACAUUUUCCCUGAUCACCAUCAAUUCAAAAACACCAUAAAGAUUAGGCCCAUUCUUGUCUGAGCAUUUUUUUUUUCCUUUUUUUUUAAGUCGUUAAACUAAGCAGACAUUACGACUCUGCACAUUCACUCCAAACGCGAACAAUGUCCGCUCGUGAGUGGUGGGCGAUCAAGCUCAGAGAAUCGGAUCAACUAAAACAUACUAUUGCAGGAGCCGGCGCCGGACUGGUCACCUCAGUGGUGACUUGUCCGUUGGACGUCGUAAAGACAAGGCUACAAAACCAAGGUGUUACUAACCGUGCCGGAAAGUCAUACAAAGGCACAGCAGGGACUCUUACUCGUAUCUGGACAGAGGAAGGUAUCCGUGGGUUAUACAGAGGACUUGGACCUACGAUAUUCGGUUAUUUGCCAACAUGGGCUAUUUACUUUACGGCAUAUGACUACUUUAAGGAUCUAGUGGCGAAGCAAACUGGACAUAGUGAAUCCAACUUGCUUGUAUAUAUUGUUGCAGCCAUGUCGGCUGGAGCAACAAGCACAACAAUGACAAACCCACUUUGGGUGAUCAAGACUCGCUUUAUGACUCAAAAUGAACAUACCCCAUAUCGUUACAACAACACGCUUCAUGCAUUUACUACCAUUUACAAAGUUGAGGGUCUCCGCGGAUUCUAUAAAGGACUUGGAUCGUCGCUGAUGGGUAUCUCUCAUGUGGCAUUGCAGUUCCCACUUUACGAAAAACUGAGGCAAUGGUUGAAAUCUGAGGAAUCUGGCCAAGUGAGCAGCACCAACAUUCUCGUUGCGUCUUCAAUAUCAAAGAUGGCUGCUAGUGUUGCAACUUACCCUCACGAGGUAAUCAGGACACGACUUCAGAAUCAAUCAACUUAUCCACCAAAGUAUCGUGGAAUUAUUCACGCAUGCAAGGUGAUUUACCAUGAGGAAGGGAUUCGGGCGUUUUACAAGGGCAUGCCGACUAAUUUGCUCAGGACAGUACCGGCCAGUGCACUGACGAUCCUUACAUAUGAACUACUUGUUAGUCGCUUGAACGACCUUGCAAAGCCAGUAUAGAGUUCAAUGCAUUUUAAAGCUUUGAGAAGGAAGAAG